AUGGAGCCGCCUGAGGGCUGGGACCCGUACGGGCGGCCGGCCCGGCGCACGCAGUGGCUGGUCAGCGCCCUGGCUUACCACUACGGGCUGGACCGCGGCGUGGAGAACGAGAUCGUCGUGCUGGCCACCGGGCUGGACCAGUACCUGCAGGAGAUCUUCCACCACCUGGACUGCGCCGGGGAGGGCAGGAUCCCCGGCGAGGACUUCCGCACGCUGUGCCAGGUGCUGGGGCUGGAGGAGGCGGCGGAGGCGGCGGCCGACCCCGAGGAGUGCGCGGCGCUGUGGGACGGCCUGUCGGCCGAGCUCACCUUCCGCCAGUUCCACGCGCGGCUGUGCGGCUACUUCAGCACCAAGGCGGGCAGCGCCGUGCCGCGCCUGCCGCUGGGCCGCGAGAGCGAGCACAUCGAGACGCAGAUCCGCCUGCGCAGCCCCCGCCGCCGCCGCCGGCGGGACGCGGCCGGGCCGGGCUCGGGGCGGCGCGGCGGGGAGGCGGCGGAGCGGCGGGCGGCCGGGCCGUGCUCGCCGGAGUGCUACGAGGAGAUCGUGGCUCUGGAGCGGGCCGAGGACCGCAUCGCCAAACUGGAGGAGGAGAACGGCAGCCUGCGGGAGCUGGUGGAGGACAUGCGGGCCGCCCUGCAGAGCAGCGACGCGCGCUGCCUGGCGCUGCAGGUAGGACUGCGGAAAAGCCACGCUAACCAUAAGGAAGAGGGAACCUGUUUUAUAGGGAGUAAGAAACUGUUAACACAGAACCACUCCCAGACCAAGUGCCUUCAGAGUGUCCUGAAAGAAGUAGAACUCAUCCGGAGCUCCAGGGAUGGGCAAAUCGAAGAAGCAAUUAGAUUCAAUCAAGAACUAGAACGAGAGCUGAAGAGCUCUCAGGAAGCACUGGUCAGUCUGGAAGACUGCAACCGUAACCUGAAGAGGGAACAAGCAGAAAUGAGGAAAAAGGUGGAAGAGGCGAGACAGGCAGUCCGUAACAGUCUUGGCAAAGUGAAGGAGCUAGAAGUGAAAGCUAACGAAGUGCCACGUUUGCAAGUUUACAUUCAGCAGCUAGAAUCUGAACUGCAGCACUAUAGAUCAGAAAUGGUGAAAUUUCAGCUUGCUUCCAGAAGCAGCCCAGAGCAGAAAGAUGCAGCAGCGCUGUCAGAUGGAAGAUGCUGCUUCUCUGUUGUGCAACAAGAUCGAACAUCUCCCAUGGGCAGAGCUGGGAUUUCUGAAAACGCAGAUGAGCAGCUGUUCCGGGCAGUGGAGGGCCAGGCGGCCUCUGAUGAAGAGGAGGAGAAGUGGGCAGGAGACCAGCAGCCCGAGGCAGCCUAUGUAAAGGAAAUAGUGGCCAAGCUCCCUUGCUGUGGCAGUGGAUGUGAUGAAAAAAAACGGAAAAAGUUCAUGACUUACUUGGAGACCAGCAGUGCUGAUGGCUAUGAAGCUGCUGAGGAGCUAGAGGAGCGAAUCAGCCAGCUCUGUGAGCAGCUGGAGCUUAAGGGGCACGAGGUGAAGAAACUGGAAACAGAUAUGGAGGAGAUGAAAGGCCCAUUGCUAACUGAACUGCAGCAAAAGGUGGAGGAAACGGAAAUGUUGAAGAUGGAGCUACAGAUGUUGGAGACUGAGAGAGUUAGGCUGUCACUGGUGGAAGAAAAGCUCAUGGAUGUUUUACAGCUUCUUCAACAGCUGCGAGACUUGAACAUAUCUAAGCGAGCCUUGGGGAAAAUCUUGCUGAGCACUUUGGAAUCCUGUCAUGACCCCCAACAUGGAAAAGCCCACCUGUUUGAAGUCCUAGAUACUCUUUACCAUGAGUUGACAGCCUGUGAAAUCUUACAAAGCCAGCCUCUGGAGAAGGCUCAGAGUCGCCAGUCCUUGUCUAACCCACUGGUCAUCUCCUGCUGAGCAGCAGUGCCAGCUACAGCCACACGACCAGCUGAGCAACAGCUCUCAUUCAUUCAAAGAUGGGACGAAUGAAUAAGAUUUGUCAAAUUCAAAGUAGCUCAGUAAUGGAGAAGAGCAACAGAAUAAUAAAGCCAUGAUAUCAAACGUCUGCCAUUUCUGGGAAGAGCAUUGGUUUGUCAGCUAACAUCACGUCCUCCCUUAAGUUAAAGAGCAUUACCUUACUUAGCAGCUUAGCCACGCUUGCACAAUGGACCUGGAACUGAACUGGUUAACCAAAUAAAAAGAAUUCCAAAUACAUCAACCUGACCCAUUUAGAUUUACAGCCCUGGUUAUGCGCUGCCUGAGCACAAAUUCUAGCUUUUGUCAUAACUCAGUUCAAAAGCAAAAGUCUGCCUAUGUAUUCAGUGGCAAGUAAACUGCUUCUGUAAUAUACAAGUAACCAAAUGACUAUAUUAAAAACAUACACUCAAGUGUAUGCCAGUAGUGCAAGUCUUAAGGACUCAUGUAUAAAAUAUAUUUGUGUGCGUCUGUAUAUGUGAUUCAGUUAUUCAUUUUAUUUAAUGCUAAAGAUACAUUUGCUAUCGCUAUGCUGAAUUUCAUAUUUGCAAUUACACAGAUGCCUACAAUAGCCCUUGCUGACAAAAGGCUUAGAUUUUAUAUUAAAAUUUGCAUUUUACUUCUUGGAAAAGGUAUAAUACAACAUUGCUCCCCAGCCCAAAGGGAAGGACUGAAACAUUCACUUUGCAGCAGCUGCCAUUGUUGCACAAGCAAAAGCCACGUGCAGUACCUGACCUUGUUCUCUCAUUUAAUUUCCCUCAGUGCAAGUGGACUUACACAAAGAUGGAUUCCACUAGCAAACAAAUUAAAGUAAAAUGCUGAGCCUAACCAUGGUGUCAUUUUAAUCAGCAACCAAAUAAUUCCUGGGGGCAGAAUUGGAAGAAAAAUACAUAUUGCUUCCAUAAUACUUUCACUGUUUUAUUCAACUCUCAAACAUAGAAAUUAAGAAGCAAAGUCCCUAAACCAUUCAGUUGAACUUACGUUAUUUAGAAAAUGCACUGGAGAUCUUCUAAGAAUAUGAAUUUAUUUGCCUGAGAUAGUGCCAGCGAUGAAAUAAGGCCAUUCAAUUCAGAACUGUGCAUAUAUGAAUUUUUUUUCCAUGAAAAUUGAUUUCAUAUGAAAAAAAAGAUCCAUGCCACAAUCCAAUUUGGGGAUUAAGAGGAUUUCUAUUUCUUUUUGUUCAUAAUGCACUCUAUAGCUUAUAUAUGCCUAGGACUUUCCCAGAAAGAGAGAAAAUGUCAUGAAGUUAUUAGAUAAGCAUGAUCUGUGUGUAUAUUUGGCAGUAGGAGCAUUUCAGAAAUAGGUUUGUAAUACACGUACAUGCCUGAUUAUGGCUACCUUAAUGUAUUGCAGGAUUCUAUCAGCAUCCAAAUUAGUAAUAUUUACUGUAUCCACUCUAGAUAUACAUAUGCAUGUGUACUUGUAUUAUAUAUACUUAACAAUGCCUUAAUAGUGCUACGUUAAUUGUAUACUUUUUGUAUCUUUUUCACCAAGUUUCUACUUAACCUUCUCAUCUAUUUCUCUAGAUGUAAGCAGACUGAUGUGCUAAUAACAAAAGAGGGGAGGAGCAAUACAGUCUGAGUGAGUGCUGCCCAGCUCAGCCAAGCAGCAGUUGAGCCGUAAACAGAAAUUGGAAAAUGCCACUUAUCUCCUAAGCUGGUGUUAAGGAAAUAGCAAACAGCUGAGAUAAAUGGAAGAUUUUCUGAAUAAACAGACACCAUUUAACUGACAUAGGAAACACCUAAAUCAUAUCUUGUUAAGUUAGCUUCAAAUAACAACAUCUUUAUUUCCUUAGAAAUGGCUAUAUCAAAAUGAUUUUUGAUACAUCAGCAUAUCCUGAUUAAUCUUUAGAGUUGGAUUUCCCUCUGUUAUUUUCAGUGUAGCUGGAGAGAAUGUUUCAUUGCUGCAGCAAUUCAGGUGCAUAUAAAAAAGGCUGAUUAUUUUAACUUCAAAAGGCAAUUUGUGUGGAGCAAGUCAAACUUACAGUAUUUCCCAAGAAGAAUCUUCUUCAGGAUGGAUCAAGAGGCAGCCCUCAUAUCCUGUAAAUCAGAGGCAGAAUAAGGCAUUGUGCUUUUUAAAGACCUUCUUUAUUGACCUUAAAAUUGAUUAUUUUCUGAAAUACUUUUACCUCGAUGUUUUAUACUAAGUCUGUCAACCUCAGUGUUACUGGGGCUGAUUAAUAUUUAAUACAAAGCUGUAUAAAUCUCUGAUUUUAGAUCAAUGUAACUGAGAAAUUUCUAGCUCUGCCUCAAAAGCAGGUAGGCUUCCACAGCUUAAUUUAUUAUUUGGAAUUCAUUCAAGAGAGACUGUAUAGAAAUCCUGAGAAGCAAACCCAGCGCCCUAGGUUUUCUGGAGACCUCCUUCAGUCCAAUUACCUCAGCAGAUUUCAGCUUCUUUUUAUAAAAAAAAAAAAAAAAAAAAUCUUGCCUUUUGUAGUGUUUGAAUUUUUACCAAAUAAACAGAAAUACCUGA